CACAGCAACAAGUCAAGGUGAAUGCCAUUUAUCUCUGGCAGGAUUGUGCCACUGUGACCCACCCAUGUGAUCUGCUUUCACUAUCAGUGAAGCAUGAGCUCCUUAAAAUCUCGCCUGCUGGAACAUCUACGGAGUUGCAAAUUACCCCCUAAGGAUUUGUGAAAGCAACAUAAGGACUGUCUCUCAGUCUGACAACUCAGUCCAACAAGGUGACAUGAAAGCUCAGUGUCAGACAUGGAAAAAAAUAUCCAGGAUCAUCUUAUUAGGCAAAGGGAAGUGAUCAGAUGUAGACUGAAGAAACUGAAUGGCAAGCAAAAUGAAAUUAAAUCAAAGUCCUCUGCAGUGAGAGAGAGUAUAGUGAAGAAGUAUGAAGAGAUGCGGAGAGUUCUGGAGGAGGACUGUAGGAUCACGCUGUCCCUGCUGGAGAUGGAGGAGACGGCUGCGGUUCAAGCACUAGACAACCUCAUUGAGACAAACUGUGUCCUCCUCAGAGACAUAGAGGUCCAGCUCAAUGAAGAGAUGAAGGACAAUGACAUACAGCCUGGUGACAGGGUCACAGUGUAUGAGGAUAGGGUGCAGGAAUUGUUAACAGCGACAGACCCAGGUCUCAUAAAACUUGAUGAGACAAAAUCAGAUCAGCUACUGGGCCUCACCAACAAUUUACUACUGUUUAUCCGCUCUCAGAUCCCCAUUGCCAAGAGGCUGCUGAAGAGCUAUUCCUCAGGAGUGGUCCUGGACCCUUCCACUGCCCAUCCCAAGCUGAUUAUUUCAUUUGAAGGGGACUGUGUUACUUUCACAGAUGUAUGGCAGGAUUUCCCUGAGCAUGAGGGCCGCUUUGACAACACCCUUAACGUCUUGAGUCUCCAGUGUUGGGACUCUGGCCGCCAUUACUGGGAGGUAGAUGUGAGUGGAAAGAUCUACUGGGAACUGGGUCUCACCUACUCAUCCAUCCAAAGAAAAGGCCAAAAGGAGGACUGUUGGUUGGGCCGGCAUGCUGAAUCUUGGUGUCUGGAGUACUUUGAUGGAGACUACACUGCCUGGCAUGGAGGUAUUGCUCAUCCUUUGCCCAUUUCCUCGUGCUUUCAUCGGAUAGGGAUCUUCUGCAGCUUUCCUGGAGGUCUGGUGACAUUUUUAGGGGUGGAUAGCAUGACACCGCUGUACUCGUUUUGUGCUGGGACAUUUACAGACUCUCUACACCUGGCUCUUUGUCCAGGUCAUGAUCUUCAGGGGACAAACUCAAAACCUAUUAAGAUCUGUCAAUCCUAACCAUCUUUAAAAACUCAUACCUGGUAUGUAUAACAUUUAGAUCAAGAAGACCUCCCUAUAACAGGUUUGUAUGAUUUCAUGCUGACUUUAUGUAUAAAUUUUUUAGUUUGUCUUGCCAGGAGUGCAAAUUAACUACUGCAAUCAGUUAUGAAUAUGUAUAUGCAUAUAUACGUCUUCACAUGAUUUCAUUCAUCAUCAAUUAGAAGUAUUCAGUGCUUAGAAGUGAGCAGCACUUACAAAAUAGUUGCAUAAGUGAUUAAAAACUUGAUGUACUGUGGCUCUUGUAAAUUAAAAAAAAAUAAAUAAAUAAAUACAUGUACAAUAGAGAUUAUGGCAUACAUACUGUAUCUAUACCAAAUAGAUAUGCGUGCCACAAGUACACUACCAUUCAAAAGUUCAAAAGCUUUUUUCAUGUUUUUGAAAGAAGUCUCUUAUGCUCACCAAGAUUGCAUUUAGUUGACAAAAAACACAAAAACAGCAAUGAUGUGAAAUAUUAUUGCAGUUUAAAAUAACUAUUGUCUGUUUUAUAAUAUUUUAAAAUUUAAUUUAUUCCUGUGUAGGUAAAGCUGAAUUUUCAGCAGCCAUUACUCCAGUCUUCAGUGUCACAUGACUGAAAUCAUUAUAAUAUACUGAUAUGGAGCUCAAGAAACAUUUAUUAUUAUCAAUGUUGAAAACAGUUGUGCUGCUUAAUAUUUUUGUGGAAAUCAUAAUAGAUUUUCUCUGCAUUCUUUGAUGAAUAAAAAGAACAGCAUUUAUUUGAAAUAGAAAUCUUUUGUAACAUAAAUGUCUUUACUGCCACUUUUGAUCAAUAUAAUGCAUUCUUUCUGAAUAAAAGUAUAAAAAAAAAAAAAA